CGCCUCCGGCCCCAUGGCCCGCCUCUCCUUUGCCCGCUGCUCCCGCCGCUGCUUCCAGCUCUCAGUCUUGCUGCCCUUAUGUUUGUCAUUCAACGUGGACGUGAAAAAUGCUCUGACCUUCAGCGGCCCGGUAGAGGACAUGUUCGGUUACACCGUCCAACAGUUUGAAAACGAAGAAGGGAAAUGGGUCCUGGUCGGUUCUCCUCUGGUUGGCCAACCGAAGAAGAGGACCGGCGAUGUCUACAAGUGUCCAGUUGGGAGAGAUAAACCGUCACCUUGUGUGAAACUGGACCUUCCAGCUAAUACAUCGAUCCCUGAAGUCACGGAAAUCAAGGAGAACAUGACGUUUGGGUCAACUCUAGUCACGAACCCAAGAGGCGGAUUUCUGGCCUGCGGACCUCUUUAUGCGUACAAGUGUGGACACUUACACUAUACAACUGGCAUCUGUUCCGAUGUGGAUUCGGCUUUUCGAGUCGUAAACUCCAUCGCUCCGUCUGUACAAGAAUGCAGCACCCAGCUGGACAUUGUCAUCGUGCUUGACGGUUCUAACAGCAUUUACCCCUGGGAGAAGGUCAUAGAAUUUUUAAAACAGUUGCUGGAAAAGAUGGCUAUAGGGCCCAAACAGACCCAGGUGGGCAUCGUCCAAUACGGCGAAAACGUAACCCACGAGUUUAACCUCAAUAAGUACACGACGACGGAAGAGGUUCUGACUGCAUCCAACGAAAUCAUCCAGAGAGGCGGGCGUCAGACCAUGACGGCUCUUGGGAUCGACACAGCACGGAAAGAGGCUUUCACCGAACCCCGCGGAGCCCGGAGGGGGGUGAAGAAAGUCAUGGUGAUCGUGACGGAUGGAGAAUCACAUGACAACCAUGACCUCGAGAAGGUCAUUCAAGACUGCGAGAACGAGAACAUUCAGCGGUUCGCUAUAGCUAUCCUUGGCAGCUAUAACCGUGGCAAUUUAAGCACGGAGAAAUUUGUGGAGGAAAUAAAGUCGAUCGCCAGUGAACCUACGGAAAAACAUUUUUUCAACGUCUCGGACGAGCUGGCUCUGCUCACUAUAGUCGAAGCCCUGGGAGAGCGGAUAUUUGCCCUGGAAGCCACAACAGACCUUUCAGCAGCCUCCUUCGAAAUGGAGAUGUCCCAAACGGGCUUUAGUGCUCAUUAUUCACAGGACUGGAUCAUGCUCGGAGCCGUGGGAGCCUAUGACUGGAACGGGACAGUCGUCAUGCAGAAAGCUGACCGGAUCGUCAUCCCGCAAAAUAGCACGUUUAACGUGGAGGCCACCAAGAAAAAUGAACCUCUGGCGGCUUACUUAGGCUACACUGUAAACUCUGCCUCGGUUGCCGGAGACGUGAUCUAUAUCGCCGGUCAGCCUCGCUAUAAUCACACGGGACAAGUCAUCAUUUAUAGAAUGAUCGGCUCAGAGAUCAAGAUACUCCAGACACUCACUGGCGAACAAAUCGGGUCGUAUUUUGGAAGCGUUUUAACGACAGUCGAUAUCGACAGAGACUCUGAUACGGACAUCCUUCUGGUCGGUGCGCCCACGUACAUGGGAUCAGAGAAAGACGAGCAAGGGAAAGUGUAUGUGUACACUCUCAAUAAGACGACGUUCGAAUUCCAAAUGAGUCUGGAGCCCGUUAAGCAAAUCUGCUGUUCGUCGCGCAAACACAACUCCUGCAAAAAUGACAACAAAAACGAGCCGUGCGGGGCUCGGUUUGGGACCGCGAUCGCUUCCGUGAAGGACCUCAACCUGGACGGCUUUAACGACGUCGUGAUCGGCUCACCGCUGGAGGACGAUCACCGGGGCGCCGUGUACCUUUACCACGGAGACGGCAAGACGAUCCGAAGAGAGUAUGCUCAAAGGAUCGCCUCGGGAGGAGACGGGGAGAAGCUGAAGUUCUUCGGUCAGUCUAUUCAUGGAGAGAUGGAUUUGAACGGGGACGGACUCAUCGACGUGACCAUUGGGGGCCUUGGCGGUGCUGCCCUCUUUUGGUCUCGAGAUGUAGCUGAAGUUAAAGUUACCAUGAAUUUUUUGCCAAAUAAAGUGAAUAUUCAACAGAAGAACUGUAACAGAGAGGGAAAGGACACAAUCUGCAUAAAUGCUGUAGUGUGUUUUGAUGUCAAAUUAAAGUCCAAGGAAGAGACCGUUUAUGAAGCGGAUAUACAGUACCAAAUCACAUUAGACUCUCAAAGACAGAUCUCGAGAAGCAUCUUUAACGGAACUCAAGAAAGAAGGGUUCAGAGGAACAUCACCGUUCGAGGAUCGGCGUGUGCUAAGCAUAACUUCUACAUGUUGGACAAACACGAUUUCCGGGAUUCGGUUCGGAUCACCUUGGAUUUUAAUCUUUCUGACCCUGAGAAUGGCCCUGUUCUGGAUGGCACCCUGCCCAGCACAAUCCAUGAAUACAUUCCCUUUGCCAAAGAUUGCGGAAACAAGGAAAACUGCAUCACCGAUCUGAUCCUGAGCGCCAACACGACGGGGAAAGGCCAGCUCAUCAUCAGAUCCAGCAACGAUAAGUUCAACGUGUGUCUGACGGUCAAAAAUAAGAACGACAGCGCCUACAACACCAGAGCCAUCGUCCACCACUCUUCAAACCUGAUCUACUCUGGCAUAGAGAGCAAACAGAAAGACAUCUGUGAAGCCAAUCACAACAUCACGUGCAAAGUGGGCUAUCCCUUCCUGAAGAAAGGAGAGGAGAUAUCUUUCCAAAUAUUGUUUCAAUUCAAUAUAUCGUCUCUCAUGGAAAAUGUGACCAUUCACAUAAAUGUAACAAGUGACAGCGAAGAACCUCCUGAGGCCCUGUCUGAUAACGAGGCGAACAUUUCCAUUCCCAUAAAAUAUGAAGCUGGACUGCAAUUCUCAAGCUCUGCAAGUGAAUACCACAUUUCAAUCACAGCCAAUGAGACCGUUCCAUCCGUGAUUAACUCUACUGAGAGUAUUGGGAACGAACUGAAUGUUUUCUACCUGAUUAAAAAAGGAGAACAUCUCCCAGUGCCAGAACUGAAGCUGACCGUUUCAUUUCCCAACUUGACUUUCAGCGGGAGCCCAGUGCUCUAUCUGAUAGGUUGGACGUCUUCUGAGAAUGCACGCUGUGGGCCGGAACACCUCAAAGAUCCAUACGGCUUUAACGUGGGGAAAACAGUCCAGGUAUCAAAACCUCAGGAACUCAAGCGAGGUGCCAUUUUGAACUGUGAUAAAUGCACUUAUGCGGACAUCGAGUGUCACCUGGCUCCUUCCGAUGUAAGCCAAGUGAACAUUUCCCUCCGCCUGUGGAAACCGACUUUCAUUAAAGCCAGCGUCUCCAGUUUGAAUCUGACUAUAAAGGCAGAACUUCAAAGCAAACACUCAUCACUGGUUUUAAGCCGUGGGAAUCAGAAAAGAGAGAUUACUCUUCAAAUUUCCAGAGAUCUUCCCCCAGGAAGAGUGCCACUCUGGGUCAUCCUUUUGAGCGCAUUUGCGGGAUUCUUGCUAUUAAUGCUUCUUAUAUUAGCCCUGUGGAAGAUUGGAUUUUUCAAAAGGCCGCUAAAGAAGAAGAUGGAAAAGUGAAAGGUCGGGGAA